AGUGCGCGGCUCAGCCGAGGUUACGGCUAAGAUUGUACCCAAGUCGACUCGGCUUUUGUGUUGAAAUGCUUUAUGCCACCCUGCUCACACGUAGACCUGUUUCCAGAUCCAAGGGUGUGCAGAAAGUGUGAGAUGGCGAGCAAGCUGUGCAAAGAGAACUCUACUGCCGCAGGAGAGGCUGCUGGUAGACCAUCGUCCUCCGAUCCCCAAGUGGGGAUGAAGUUUGACUCCUACGAGGAGGUGGAGCACUUCAUCCGGGAACAUGAAGAGAUCAACUUCGUGAAGUUCUUCAUAAUGAACUCCCGCUCGGUGGAGGGCUCACGGAAGCGGCUGCCCAAGCGCUUCCUGAGUGACGCCCUCAAGUACUGCACAGUGGUUUUUGCCUGUGUCCACCACGGUGAGCACAAGAGCACAUCCAAGGGAAUGCGGCCUAGGCAAAAGACCCUCAGGAUGGGAUGCCCAGCCAAAUUCAGGUUCUCAGCCACCCCGAGUGGCAAGCAACUAUACCUGGCUGAUGCGGUGACUCAGCACAGCCACCCCCAUGAUGAAGUGAGCUUCCGGUCCCUCCCCCAGAAGAGGCGACUGACUGACGAGGAGCGGGAAGAAGCCUUUGAAAUCCUCAAGAAGCAAGGGAAGAAAUCCGUCCAGAAGCACCUUCAGGAGACAGCAGGUAAGGUGCUCUACAUGCGAGACCUACACAACCUAGCUGCCGCCAGCCGGCGAAAUUCAAUCUGCCACACCAACAUCCAAGCUAUUCUGGAUUACCUGUCACAGGCCGAGGACCAGACCAGUGUUGUGGAGGUGGUGACAAAAGCGGACGGGAGGAUUGUGGGGAUUUACUACCAGGACCAAGAGAUGAAGCGAGUGUAUGCGUCCUUUCCCCAGUAUCUGGUCAUUGAUGCGACUUGCAAGUACAACAGUCUUCGGAUGCCGAUGUACAUAAUGCUCAAUGAGGGCAGCAACGGCUACUAUGAAGUCGUAGCUCUCUACCUCCUGAUCACGUCCAAUGCGGAUAGUGUGCAGGCCAUGAUGAUGCGUUUCAAGGAGCACAACCCCGAAUGGAGUGACCUCCAGAUCAUCAUGGUUGACAAGGACGUCACAGAGCGGCGGGUGCUGCGCGAAGAGUUUCCUGCUGCCUCUGUACAGAUGUGCCUGUCCCACGUGCUCAGGAGGUUUGAGCAGGAUGCCUCCAAGCAGCGGCUGGGGCUGCAGAAAGAGGAGGAGGCCUUCUGCUUGAAGCUCAUGCGGAGGCUGGCAGGUUCCAAAUCGGAAGAAGUAUACAUGGAGAACUACCAGCAGCUCCUCAACACAGAGCUUGGGGCAGUAGUUGAGUACUAUAACACCACCUGGCACACCAUCCGAGAGGAAUGGGUGGAGGGCCUUAAGUCCCGGAGUCUGGUCCUCAAGAAGGGGAAGAGGGAGGACCCGGACAAGCUGAAUGCCGUCAGUGAGCAGCUGAAGUCUGUGUUCAGGGAUUCUCCAACCCCUGAGCAGGUCAUGACCAACUUGAAGAAGGCUGUGGAGUCACUGCGUGAAGAGCGAGACCAGUCAGUGGCCACUCUGUUGGCGGAGCAUGCCCCAAAUCCAGACUCGGGCAGUACAGUGGUUGACAAGUUUGAGCAGCACCUAACCCCCUUGGCGCUCAAGUAUGUCCUGAGACAGCUGAAGCUCAGCUGGAAGGUGAAGGUCAAGACCAACAUCGAUAGCACUUCCAGCAUGGUCAAGUCCAGCCACAAUACCCUGACUGUGAACGUGGACCGCUGUCCGUGCCGCUUUUGGUGCUCCCUGUGCCUGCCCUGCCGUCACAUGUUUGCUGUCCGACGCACCAAGGGCCUUCCUCUUUUUGCAGAGGAAAUCAUUGGAUCCAGAUGGUCCCUUGAGUACUACAAGACCACUAGCCGGCUUUCACCCCAGGCCGCUGACUGCACCAACAUUUUGGACACUCUGCGGAAGCAGCGGCUUGGUCUUUUAUCCCGCCAUGAGAAGUAUGUCCAUGUGUCUGAAAUCACCGAGCAGCUGGCAACCGUCGUGUCCAAAGCACCAGCAGAAUGCUUCGACAGUCAAAUGGAAGCAGUCAAAAAACUGCUGUCCUGCUUUCAGAAUGGUUCAUCUGUGGUCAUCACGGAAGAGAUCAACCAGGAAACAGUGGCUGCCAUUGCCAUUGAUCAGGUUACCCUGGAUAGCAUGGAAAAUGGCACAGAAAGUGAGAAGGAGACACAUGCACAAGGGGAUGCCGCCAUGGAAAUAUCAUAAACAGACACAUUCUGUUUUACUGAGACAGUGUUAUGGAUAAUUCUGGAAAUUAGGGGUCCAUUUUCUUCGUGUCUCUGUCACAUCUGACGUAUGAUUUUGUAAGUUCAGAACUCAUUU